GAAAGACCUGUCAUACGGAGUCCACAUUAAGGUCAUCUAUUGAUUAUCUUGUGCCAAGAGAUGCUAUUCCACCUGUCAAAUGACCCCAAGUAGCAAUGUCAGCACCCAUCGAUCGCCAAGAGAUUGAUCGCGUACUGCAGUUGAAACGCACUCAACGCGAGGCUCGAGCAUGUUAUCCGUGUCGCCAACGCAAGGUUAAAUGCGACAACUCUCAGCCAUGCCGGACCUGUCGUCGACGUGGUCAUCCCGAGAUCUGUGUAUAUGAUCCGAGCCCACCGAAACAUGGCAGCACUCGCAAGGCAAGUCGACGAACCUCUACAGCUGCCCCUCGCGAUCUCAGUCCACCUCCCGCACCACAGGAAGCGCCGAAUCUGGGGUAUCCGAUCCAGCCACCGGCACAGGCGCCUGCUCCCACCCAGCCAAUCCUCCCCCCCUUCUCACAGUUCCAGCAAGUUGAUCCAGCUCGAACUCAUCCACCUGAUGGCCCUGAGAAUGAAUUUGUUUACUCCGGUGACAAUUCAGUGGUUUCCAUCCUGCGUCACCGUACACACGAUGCAAACGGUUCGAUGGCCCGUGAGGUAGGCUCGGUCCUCGGGCUGCAAAACACCUAUCAUAGUUAUCCAUUCAUGGAGUUCCGCACUCCCGGUGACCGAUGGAGAGAACUUCUUCGCAUCCUUCCCCAGCGCGCUGAGGUUUUGAAGUUCUUUCACUUUUAUCGCCUGUCGGCGUACCCAUUCAACCCUAUCCUUGUAGAUAUCGAACGGUUUGAGCUAGAUCUUUGUUCCUAUCUGAAUGCACUGGCCGCGGGAGAAUUGCAAGACCCUUCUCGAAUCUCCGACCGUUGGUCCAGUGAGAAGUCGGUCGCUCAUAUAAGCCUGCUACUUGCUACCCUGGCUGCUGGAGCACAUUACUCUGACUUGGAGCAUAUCCAGCGCUCUGAGCUAUGCCUGAAUUUUGCCAGGCGCUCCUUUCAAGCCUUACGCUUAGCGAAUUUUCUGUUCCGACCGACAUUUGACAUCAUACAGUCACUCCUCGUCCUUGGAAACACAUUGCAGAAUACUGGACAAUCUGAUUCAGCCUGGGCAUUACUUGGCAGCACAGUGCGGCUAGCUCAGACCAUCGGACUUCACACAGAGAAGAGCGUUGCCCAUCUGCCAGAUCAUGUAAAGUCUAAAGCGAGAAGAUUAUGGUUUACUGUCGUAUGGCAGGACAGCCUCUUGUGCCUUUGCUAUGAUCGCCCACCAAUUGUGACUGUCACUGGCUGGGCCCUUGACAAUUCGGUCUUCUCGGGGCGGGAAUUGAACUAUAUGGAUAUGAUGCAUUUCCUAUGUCGAACCGCCCUGGACAUACUGACAGCCAAUGAGACAGAGAUGCAUCAAACAUCACGGCUGCUUGACAUCUUGGCUACUGUAGACAGUGUGUGUCAGCGGGCGCAACCUCACCUGAAGACCUUACAAGAAUGCAGAACGCUACAUCACAACCUGGAGCAUCUGGCCUUGAAGAUGCAUAUAGCCUUCGCUGUCUCUGUUGUCACUCGACCGGCACUCAAGCGAUCUGGAGUCCGGGAUUCGGCCCAGGAUAUCCUGCGCAUGCGCGCCAAGUGCAGUCUAAUCGACGCGUCCAACACUUUCCUCGAAUUUCAGGCGCUUAGCGUGGUCCCCCUGCGAACAUGGUCCAUGGUGCAUACAGUGAUUAGCUCGACGUUGCUGCUCUGCAUUUGGGAAGAGACGCGCAACGAUUCCGAAUGUCGUGAUUUGCAGCAGAAGGUAAUCGAGGUCUUUUCUGCGGCCGGCUCAGUCGGCUCAGUGGAGAAGUCGGGCUCGGAGAACGGGCAAUGGUUGUCCGAGAGGCACAUCCGGGCGCUAAUUACACUGCGAAACGCGGUGCGGGCGGCACUGGAAAGGGAGAAGGAAGAGGGCGACGCCGGGCCACCGAAUAAUCCGCAGCUAGUCGAGACUCUCAUGCCCGCAAUUGGAUUUUCCACCGGCUUUCCUGACGUUCUGGGACAGGACUUCUCCCCCAUGUCCUAUCUCGACUCGAUCAUGAAUGUGCCCAUGUUUGACCUAUCCCAAGAGAUUGGUUUCUCCUGAGUCGACAGUUCCGACUAGGAAGGUAUGGUGUAAUUCCCAAUCAGGCACUUUUCUCGAUCCCCUCGGGAACUCGGAGGUCUCGGGAACUCGGACAUCAUUUGUUCUCUGGUGCCAUGAUCUGAGUCCAGGCAAAGAGAUAUC